AAACCGUUGCCACAUUAUAAAAAAAAAAAGGAAAAGAAAACACCACCCCACCCACCCUGAGAGACAAUCUCAAUAAAUAUCCUCAUUAGCUUAAAACUGCUUUAUGUAGAAAUGUUCCACUUCCACCAAACCCAAACCUUGAAUUUUUCCAAUAUGGAAACUUCCUUCCUCCAAUUCCCAACCUCAAAAAUAUUUUCCCCAGAAUCUUCCUUCGGUUCGCCGGAAUCGUUCGAUUGGGAUGAACUUCUUUCCGACCACACCAUUUACAGUACUUCUUUUCCCUUCAACACAAACGCAGCCGAUCAUGUGGGAGUGAAAGAAACAUCGGUGGAAACCAAUUCCUCCGUUGAAAUCAAAGAAGAGGAGGUAACUUCGAGUGUUGCAAAGGAAGAGCGAGUAUGCGAGAAGGAAAAAUCUUACAGAGGAGUUAGGAAGAGGCCUUGGGGAAAAUAUGCGGCGGAGAUAAGGGAUUCGACGAGACAUGGUAUCCGUGUUUGGCUCGGAACUUUCGAUACCGCGGAGGCGGCUGCCCUUGCUUAUGACCAAGCUGCAUUCUCGAUGAGGGGAUCGUUGGCCGUGCUUAAUUUUCCGGUGGAGACUGUCCGGCAAUCGCUACAAGAGAUGAAGUAUCAAUGGGAAGAAGGGUGUUCUCCGGUGAUGACACUCAAGAAAAAGCACUCCAUGAGAAGGAAGAGAAUAAGCAGGAAGAGUAAAGUGAAAAAGGAAGAAGUAGUGGUUUUGGAGGAUUUGGGAGCUGCUUAUUUGGAAGAACUUUUGAGCUUGAGUUCGUGUGAAAGUGGUAGUUCAUCGUAAAUUAACAAGCUAUCAUUUUUUAUUUUUUAUUUUACUUUCCAUAAUCAUCUUCUUCUCGUCUCCCAAGUUGAAUUCACAAAUUCAAUUUAUUUUUCAUUCAGGUUUCUUCAUUUUUUUCUUUUUUUGUUUCAUGAAAAAAAAAAACUUUGUAUUUAUCUUUGUAUGAAAUCUUAGUAGAGAUUUGGAGGGCGUCAUGUCGGUUUAAAAUCUAGCCCUAGAAUA